GACCACACUGAUUGCCCCUGCCUAUGACCCUUUCCCAUGUCUCCAUGUCCUUCAGGUUCAUCCGCACUGAUGCUUAUGUCCGGGCAAUGACGGAGAAAAGAAUCGUCAUGACGGAAUUUGGCACCUGUGCUUUCCCAGAUCCCUGCAAGAAUAUAUUUUCCAGGUUUUUUUCUUACUUUCGAGGAGUGGAGGUCACUGACAAUGCCCUCGUUAACGUCUACCCAGUAGGGGAAGAUUACUAUGCCUGCACAGAGACCAACUUCAUUACAAAGAUUAAUCCCGAGACCUUGGAGACAAUUAAGCAGGUUGAUCUUUGCAACUAUGUCUCUAUCAAUGGAGCCACUGCUCACCCCCAUAUUGAAAGUGAUGGAACUGUUUACAACAUUGGUAAUUGCUUUGGGAAAAAUUUUUCAAUUGCCUACAAUAUUGUAAAGAUCCCUCCACUACAAGCAGACAAGGAAGAUCCAAUAAGCAAGUCAGAGGUCGUUGUACAAUUCCCCUGCAGUGACCGAUUCAAGCCAUCUUACGUCCAUAGUUUUGGUUUGACUCCCAACUAUAUUGUUUUUGUGGAGACGCCAGUCAAAAUUAACCUGUUCAAGUUCCUUUCUUCAUGGAGUCUUUGGGGAGCCAACUACAUAGAUUGUUUUGAAUCCAAUGAAACCAUGGGGGUUUGGCUUCAUAUUGCUGACAAAAAAAGAAGAAAGUGUCUCAAUAAUAAAUACAGGACCUCUUCUUUUAAUCUCUUCCAUCACAUCAAUACUUAUGAAGACAAUGAGUUUCUGAUUGUGGAUCUCUGUUGCUGGAAAGGAUUUGAAUUUGUUUAUAAUUACUUAUAUUUAGCCAAUUUACGUAAGAACUGGGAAGAGCUGAAAAAAAAUGCCAGAAAGGCUCCCCAGCCUGAAGUGAGGAGAUACGUGCUUCCUCUGAAUAUUGACAAGGCUGACACAGGCAAGAACUUAGUCACACUCCCCAACACAACUGCCACUGCAAUUCUGUGCAGUGACGAGACCAUCUGGCUGGAGCCUGAGGUUCUCUUCGCAGGGCCUCGCCAAGCAUUCGAGUUUCCUCAAAUCAAUUAUCAGAAAUAUGGUGGGAAACCUUACACGUACGCCUAUGGACUUGGCUUGAAUCACUUUGUUCCAGACAGGGUAAUUAAUCCAUCUUACCUAAUACUAGAAAA